AUGUGGAAGGAUUGGUUUGAUGCACAACAAAGGAAACAGCCCAACAGAAAUAGCAACACAUUACAACACAGUUCCAGAUGGCAAAAACCAGUUCAAGGGUGGAUCAAAUGCAACAUUGAUGCUAGCUUUUUCAUGGAGGAAAGUAUUACAUCUUUGGCAUGUUGUUUCAGGAAUGCAUCAGGUGAGUUUUUGAAGGCACAAACUAAAUGGAUAAAUGCCAAGCUAUCCACUAUUGAAGGAGAAGGAAUGGCUUUCCUUGAAGCAAUUUCAUUUGAUGUGCAAAAUGGAUGGGAUAAGAUCAUAUUUGAAAGUGAUUCACAAAUCUUGGUUGAUUGUAUUCAUGCUAAUCAAGUGGGAGUGUCUGAGUUUAGUUAUAUCACUAAUAGAAUAAGAGCUAGUUUAUCUCGUAUUAACAACUUUGAGGUAAAGAUUAAUUAUGCACUCUAUGAAGAGCUUGAUGCCGGAAAUAUGGAGCGAACAAGAGUCGUUUACAGCUUUGACUUUCAUUUAUUUAGGGAAUGUCUCAACCAGAUACCUCACCACAAGUUCUCGUUUGCAAAAGUAUGGCUUCUGGCAGCCCAAUUUGAAAUACGUCAGUUGAAUCUCAAGGGUGCUCGUCAAAUAUUAGGAAAUGCGAUUGGAAAGGCUCCUAAAAGCAAGAUAUUUAAGAAGUAUAUAGAGAUGGAACUGCAGCUUAGCAAUAUAGAUCGAUGCAGAAAACUGUACGAAAAGUAUCUGCAGUGGUCACCUGAAAAUUGCUAUGCCUGGAGCAAAUAUGCAGAACUGGAGAGAUCUCUAUCGGAGACGGAUCGGGCUCGAGCAAUAUUUGAUCUUGCAAUUGGUCAACCGGCAUUGGACAUGCCUGAGUUGUUGUGGAAGACGUACAUUGAUUUUGAAAUUUCCGAGUUUGAAUUCGAGAGAGCGCGGGGGCUUUAUGAAAGGCUUCUUGAUCGAACAAAGCACCUGAAGGUAUGGAUAAGUUAUGCAGAUUUUGAAGCAACAGCCACUGAUAAGAGGUGUUUAGAUUUAUCAGAACAAGAACAAAAGAAGCAAUGCAUUCAGCGCGCUAGAAGGGUGUUUGAGGAAGCUCUAAACUACUUCAGAUCAUCAGCUCCAGAUUUAAAAGAAGAAAGGGCAAUGCUACUGGAUAAAUGGAUCAAUUUGGAGGUUUCAUCUGGGGAACUAGGUGAUGUUAGCUUGGUCCAGUCUAAGCUGCCCAAGAAGCUCAAGAAGAGACGGCAAGUUAGCACUGAAGAAGACGGUUCUUCUAGAAUUGAAGAAUUUAUCGACUAUCUAUUCCCUGAAGAAACUCAAACCACCAAUCUCAAGAUAUUGGAAGCUGCUUACAAAUGGAAGAAGCAGAAAUUGUGAUUCACUACAGAAUUUAAUUCUGCCAAAUGCCAAUCUCAGAGGUUGCCUCAUCUGUUAGCCAUUGAAUCCGACUCUAAAGGCAAUAUUAGCAUAGCUGACAUUGAUAACAUAAACUGUUCUGAUAUUUUAUCUAUGCUUUCUAAUUGUAGUGUAGCUUUUAUUAGAAGAUGCUAAAAUGUAUCUGACCAGAGCUUAGUGGGGUUAGCAAAGAAAUUUGGUUCAAGUUCUUAGGUGGGAUAUGUCCCAGAACCAGCAGCUGCUACUGUU